AUGGCAUCGGACCGCCGCUUCUCCACCGCCAAGGGCCCCAGCUCCAAUGAGCUCAACUCGGCCAUUCACCGCCAAUUCCGUGAGGCUCACGAAGGCCACAAGCCACAUGCUGGCCUCGACCCAUCCCGAGCCUCCACUGGUGUCGUGUGGACGACCGAGAGAGCCUACGAGUAUGGCUUUCUCGACGAGCCCGAGAAGUGGGCCAACUUAGGCCAGGGUGCACCGGAGGUCGACGACAACAUCCAAGGCUCCUUUCCACGCCCGUCAAGUAUCGAGGUGUCCAUGCAGGGCCGCGAGUAUGGCCCAACCGCCGGCAUCAAGCCGCUACGCAAAGCCGUCGCCGAUCUCUACAACGCUCACCACCGACAAGGCAAGGCCUCGCAGUACACGUGGGAGAAUGUGUGCAUCGUGCCAGGCGGCCGCGCCGGCCUCAUCCGCAUCGCGGCUGUCAUCGGCAACGCCUACUUGGGCUUCUUCAUCCCCGACUACACCGCGUACAACGAGAUGUUGAGCCUGUUUAAGAACUUCGCGGCCAUUCCCAUCCCCUUGAACCGCAAGGACUCCUACCACAUGCAUGCCGAGAAGAUCGAGGAGGAAAUCCACCGUGGAACAUCGGUCAUCCUCACUUCGAAUCCGAGAAACCCUACCGGCUUGAUGACGCCCAACCCUGAGCUUGCCCGGAUCCAGGACCUGUGCCGCGACAGAGCAACGUUGAUCAUGGACGAAUUCUAUUGUGGCUACAACUACUCUACCAAUUGCGAUGGAACCGUCAUCAGUGCCGCCGACAAUAUUGAAGACGUGAAUACAGACGAUGUCUUGAUCAUCGACGGCCUCACCAAGCGUUUCCGUCUGCCAGGCUGGCGUGUUGCCUGGAUCGUGGGGCCGAAAGAGUUCAUCAAAGCCAUCGGGUCUUGCGGCUCAUACUUGGAUGGCGGUACCAAUGUGCCUUUCCAGGAAGCCGCCGUGAAAAUGCUCGACCCUCCAAAGGUUCGCGCGGAGAUGAAGGCGCUCCAAACUCAUUUCCGCGACAAGCGCGACUACGUCCUCAAAAGGCUGAAGGAAAUGGGCUUCACCGUGGGCUACUGCCCGGACAGCACCUUCUACUUGUGGCUCGAUCUCGAACAACUGCCGAAAGAAAUCAACGAUGGGCUCAACUUCUUCGAGGCGUGUCUGCAGGAGAAGGUGAUUGUGGUGCCCGGCAUCUUCUUCGACCUGAAUCCGAGUCGUCGUCGCGAUCUCUUCGACAGUCCGUGCCACCAUUUCGUGCGUGUAUCGUAUGGUCCAAAGAUGGAGACACUCAAGGCCGGCCUCGACGGCUUUGAGAGGAUUUUGAAGAAGCACAAGGCUUUCGCAGGCAAGUCUACUUAG